UGACAGUCAUUUUUUUCUACUACCACUGCAGUCGAAUUGAGCCGAUAAAUAAAUACUUUUCUUUUCUGUGUUUCUGGUGUUGAAUAUUUAUCAAUUUCAUCUUAAAGAUGGAAGAAAUUGAUUUAAUAAAACCUUUGGAGAAUUUAAACAUUGAAGAAGUUUGCCGUGCUUGUUUUGAAACAUGUGAACAAUAUAAAAACCUAUUCGAUGAUGCUGAAUCCAUCGAUCAACGAACGUUGGGCGAUGUCUUCUUUGACGUUGUGAAAAUUGAAAUGAAGGCAAACGCUGAAACACCACCUUGCCGCAUUUGCUUGUCUUGUGCAAGUGAUCUCAUAAAUGCUUAUAAUUUCAUACAAAAAUCACAAAAAAACAAUGGGCGUUUACUUCAGUACUUAAUAAAUGCCAAUAUUAAAAAAGCUGAUUGUCUCACUGAAUUUCCUAUGGACAUACCCAUGGAUAAUAGUGUCACAGAUUUUCUUCAAAUCAAAGUCGAAAACGAAGCACUUCAUGAUUACGACUACAAUGAAUCAAUUCCAGACAAUGAUAGAAAUUCAUCGGACAUUAAUUUUGAUUCAGAUGAAAGUGAUUAUGAACCGCUUGUUAGCAAGAAGGAAAAACUUAAAAAAUUACAAUGCACAUAUUGCGAUCGUGUAUUCAAACGUCAAGAUUUCUUUGAAAAUCAUAUGAAAAAACAUAAAGAAGAAGAUGUAAAGAAAAAAGAAAUCGAUGAUUCCGAUGACGAGCAAAAGCUUGAAUGUGACGAUUGUGAUUUUAGUUGCUCUUCAAAAAUGGAAAUGAAAAAACAUCAAAAAUCAGAUCAUCCAAGCAGCAAAAAAUCAAAGAAACCCUUGAAGACUCGUAGCCAACGUACCAACAUGAGUACCCGAAGCAAAACAAAGCAAACCAAAGAAAAGUCUGGGCGCUUUGAGUGCGACCAUUGCAGUAAAACAUUUGCAUGGAAAAAGGAUCUCUUUCGUCAUGAAAAAUCUCAUGAACCUAACACCAAGAAGUACUCAUGUCCACAUUGUGAUCGUCGAUUUAUACGCAAGGAUAAACUUCAAUCACAUGUUCUUGUACAUUUAGGUGGCAUAGUAAAACCUCGUUGUUCCAAGGCCACUUUAGCAUUCUCCCGCCAAUUGUAUUCUCAAGAAAAAUUCAAAGAAAUUGUCUGUAUGAUUUGUAGCUACGACAAAGCAGAAAAUAUAAAAGAGCUCAGUAAGCAUAUUAGUUCACACGAUGGGCAGCAAAUUGAAGGUUUCGAAAAUAGUGAAUAUGUGAAGAAAUUCUAUGCCGACAAGGACUUACAAGAAGUUAUGAUGCUUCUAGGUAAUCAAAUCGAACAGAAAGAAUUUGGAAAAUUACAUUCUGUUAUCAAUGUAAAUGGCUUAGAGAUGGGUAUUAGUGAUUCGGAUGAAAGUGAUCCAGAAACUUUGUACACAUGUGAAGUUUGUACUGAAACAUUCAAUCGAAAGCACAAGCUUAUAGCACAUUCAUUAUCCGGACAUACUGUGGACGAGUGUUUAUACAAAUGUGACAAAUGCAAGUUAGAAUUUACUUGUAAGGAAGUUUAUGAUAGCCACCAGAAGCAUCACUGUAACAACGCCGACAAAGAUUUACAUUGUGAGAAUUGUCCUGCCCGAUUUGUUUGGCCUCAAAAUCUUGCAAAUCACAAAUGUACCAAGGAAACUGAAUCUGGUAAAGAUAAGACUAUUUGCGAACCUUGUGGAGAAAUAUUUGCCACACAAAAAGCUUUCCGUCUUCAUAAAAAGACAAAAUGCGGAACAGUUGAGCUAGACAAAGAGAGCACUACCUGUGAAAUUUGCAACAAAGUCUUUAGUUUCCCCAGGGAUUUGAGAAAGCAUAAAAAAAUUCACAUUCCCGAUGGCAAAUCUCAUGAUUGUUCGGUAUGUGGCGAGAAAUUUCUUCGUUCUGAUAAUCUUCGAAAUCAUUUGAAGUCGCACACUAGUAAGGUUGAAAGGCCAUUGGUAGCCAAGAAAUUAAUAUGUAUGCUUUGUGGCGAUAAAUUCACAACAAUCGGUAGUUUAAGAUACCAUUUGUUUAAUCAUUCCGAUGGUCAGAGUGAGAUUGACUUUGAGAAUUCCGGAUUUGUUUUGAACUUUUAUCCUGGAGUAGGGAAAGAAGUAGUAUCGGAAUACAUAAAGAAUUGCUUUAAUGAGCAAAAGUUGUCGCAACUGUAUUUAGCGGUUAAUAAAAUUGGUCUUGAGAUGACACUGAGCGAUUCUGAUAGUGAUGACGAUGAGCAAUCUUUCAAAUAUCAAGAAACUCCUUCGAAAACUUACGUAUGUGAGCUGUGUAAUGUUAAGUUUCCCCGACGACAAGCCAUUAUACAGCAUCAAUAUGCUGAGCAUGAUUCGAAAGACAACAAUUUUCCGCAUAAAUGUGUCAAGUGUGAAGAUCAAUUUGUAUCUGGGGCUCUUUUAGAGCGUCAUUUCAAAAGUGAAUGUCAAAAUGAAGCAAGAACUAAUGCUUGCGUUAAAUGUGGCAUUAAAUUCAUUUGGAAGGAGAAUUUAGUCGCUCAUACUUGUUUCAAAGAGGAAAAGAGUCCGGAAGAGAAUAAACAGUGUGAAGUUUGUGGUAAGAAGUUUAUCUGGCUGAAAGAUUUGCAUAGACAUAAACGUAGUCACAUACCUUAUGAGAAGAAAUUCGAAUGUUUGAUUUGUGCUAGAAAGUUUAACCGCAAAGACAACAUGAGAGCUCAUAUGAAAGUUCACACAUCCGAAAACCAAGUCAAGGACAAAGGAAAGGCUUCAAUUAAAUGGGAACAACAAGAUGAAAAUCUAUGCAAGCCCAAUGGACAGAAAGUCAUUCAAUGUAAGAUUUGUUUAUCAAAACAUAAUACAAUCAAAGAUUUAACAAAUCAUUUGAUGAGCCAUAAAGAUCCGGCAACAUUCAAACAAAGAGAGGCCGAAGCUAGGGAGAUUUCAAUGAUGAUAUAUGGAAAGCAAAUGGAGAUGCAAACUCUAGAGAGAGCAAUUUGUAAAGAUCUUGAAAAAGGAAGCAAUACACGUUUCUAUUCAAUUACCAAUGAAGCUGGUUAUGAGUUGAAUCUAAAUGAUUCGGAAACUUGUUCCGACUUUGAUGCCGAUGAUGAUGACGACGAUGACGAUGAUGAUGAUAUGUUAAGAGAUCGAAAAGUUAUUCUCAAAGGAUACAAUUGCCAAAUAUGUUGUCAAAACUUUAAUAGAAAAUUCAAAAUAUUCGAACAUCAAAGAACCGACCAUCAAUGGGAGGAAUUGCCAUACGAAUGCAAUCGAUGUGGCUCCAAAUAUGUUUGCGAAAAAAUUUAUCAAUUACAUUUGCAAAAUGAUUGUGAGAAUAAUGAGAAACAAUUCAAAUGUAAAACUUGUCCCAUGAAAUUCGCUUGGAAAGAGAAUCUAAAGAAUCAUGAAAAAUAUAUGCAUGAUCAGAAUCCAGCAAUGCCAAAGAAACAUCAUUGCGAUAUUUGUGGAAAGAGUUUCCUUUGGGUCAAAGACUUGACGCGUCAUCAGAAGACACAUCAAACUGAAGAUGAGAAAUUCGAAUGUACUUGGUGCUUUAGGGUCUUUAUGCGAAGAGAUAAUCUAAAGGUUCAUAUGAAAGUGCAUCAGAACGCAACACACAUCCUAUUGCCAGACAUUUACUAUCUUGCUCGACCCAAUGGGGCAAAACUUGCUCAGUGCAAGCUUUGUGAUCAGCAAUAUACAAACAUAUCUGAUUUAGCUGAGCACAUUCAAAAUGGACAUAUUAAAUUACAGAUGCUCAGCAUCACACCAAACCCAGCCAGCUAUUCAAUAACAAAUGCAUUAGGCUACGAGAUGGAUAUAAACGAUUCCGAAACAGAGCGCGAGGGUGAAGACGAGAAGUAUGUUUGUGAUCUUUGUGAUGCCCGAUAUAAUCGUCGAUUUAAAUUACUGCAACAUCAACAAUCGCUACAUUAUUCUGACAACAUUCCUCACAAGUGUAUCGAUUGCAGUUUUAAAUGUGUUUCAGAGCUAGUGCUCAAUUAUCACAUGCGCACUCAGUGCAUGAAUCUUGUUAAGCAGUUCCGCUGCAGCAAGUGUACUAUGCGUUUCAUGUGGAAGGAAAAUCUAGAGAAUCAUGAGAGUUUAAUACACGAUGGUAAGCGAAAACAUACUUGUACCGUUUGCAAAAAAGAUUUCGCCACACAACAUGACCUAAGAAACCACACCGAAUGCAAAGCCCCGGCAGAGGAGAAACUCUUCAAAUGUGAUUUGUGUGAUCGUAAAUACAAUCGAAAAGAUCGACUGAUGAAACACGCGAAAGUUCAUGCUCCCGGCGGUAAAGAAACAAAACCAAAACGCAUUAAAAGCGAAACAGCGGACAAGAAAUUCUUGUGUGCAUUCUGUGGCAAAGAAGUGUCAAGUUCAUCCAAUCUUGUCAUCCACAUGCGACGGCACACUGGUGAGAAACCAUUUAAGUGCGAAUUCUGUAAUAAAGGUUUUCCUAGAUCUUCAGAUUUGGCUUGUCAUCGAAGAACACACACCGGAGAACGACCACAUAAAUGCACAGUGUGUGAAAAGGCUUUCUCCCGUUCGUAUAAACUUCAGACCCAUAUGCGAAUUCAUUCGGGUGAGAGGCCUUAUAAGUGCACUUAUUGUGAAAAAAGCUUUACACAAUCGAAUGAUUUGACACUUCAUGUACGUCGACAUACGGGCGAAAGACCCUAUGUGUGUGAGACAUGUGGCGAAAGAUUUAUACAAGGAACUGCACUUAAAAACCAUCGAAGAAUGCGUGGGCAUUAUGAAAUUUAAGCAAAUACAUUUU